UGGCACCGUGGAAGCCGACCCAGGCUUCUACCAACUGAAGGACACGGUGUUCACCUUCACGCGCAUUUGUCACAAGUUGGAUCACUUUUCCACCAUUGGCAUUUGUUCACGCAGGACUCUUUGGCACAUUGGGUCAGGGUCCCUUUUCCAAGCUCAUUGAACCGCUGAAUGCAAUUGGUUGGGGCAUUGAUUUGCCUUACGCGUGGACAAGAGCUGGCUUACGCAAUGAUCUCUUGAGCGCUCACUCAAAGCUUUUGUUGCAGCUUCUUCGGGAUGAUUGGUUGCAAUGGGUUGCCACUCAGGUGAACUCUUGCAAAGCCAUGACAGCUUUGAAGGGUGUUGAUGAACGUAUCCUUGACCAGAGUCGGAAGGGACAGACAGCUCCCCAACUUUCAUUGUAAUUUGUGCACAGUGUGGAGUUCCGGAUUCUCAGCGACGUUGGCUGAUAUAUGCCCACAGUUUGCUGACCUCCGGCAUCUAGCUUAACUUGAUUCAUCGACAGUGCAAGAUGCCUCUCCGGCUCUGCUGUGGCAUUUGUCCUCACAAAGAUUGGUUGCUGACUUUCAGAGGCGGCCUUCUCAUUCUUUGGAACGUGUUUUCACAGAUGGCUCAGCAUUUCAGCGGCGGACAAGCGGCUUGGGCAAUUCUUAGCGCUACCGCUGACUCUACUUUAGUAGCGCCUCCAUGGUGCUCGACAGUGAGAAGUCACAGCAGGACUUUUUGUUUUGCAGCGGGGAGCUGAGGCGCAGAUUGUUAUUCACAUGUGGUCAGACAAUCUUUCAGUGGUUGAACGCGUGACGACCUCGCUGGACCGGAACGUGGUCCGUCGGUCAUGGGACAACGGCGACCUGUGGCUUGUUGCGAGUGAUUGGCUGGAUUGUUUUGGUGCCUCAGACACCCUUUCGAGGACUGGCUACGUGCGUGGAACACUGCCGCUGAUGAGGCGGCAGUGGCCCGCAAUCAGCAACGAUCCUUGGAGCAUGAACACAAGCUGCAAUUGGCGAACGCGUUUUUCGAGACUACAUGCUGCCGGCUACGUUCUUUUUACUUCCACGUGGUUGAGCAACGGCAGACCACCUCCUUUCAGCCUUCUACUGAGAGCAGUGAAGAUCAGGAUAGUGUCUCCUCGCGCCGCCUUUUCUACAUUUUUUGCCGGAGGACGGCAGCGCCGCUCUGCUUUGCAGCUGAGUGCAAUGCUUUGACCAAUCCGCGGUAUUUCCUUUUUUCGACGACCAGAGUUUGUCGUCGUCGCUUGGGGAGUUUGCUUGUCGCACUCUGCUCUUGUUGGGCC